AUGAAUGAUUUAAUCCCUAUAGUCAACAAACUCCAAGAUGUUUUUAACACAAUUGGUAGCGACACAGUAGAUCUACCGCAAAUCAUCGUUGUUGGAUCUCAAUCUUCUGGAAAGUCUUCUGUUCUUGAGAACAUUGUUCAGCGGGAUUUUUUACCUCGUGGUAGUGGAAUUGUCACCCGUAGACCGUUAGUGCUUCAGCUCGUUAAUAUUCAAGAUUCUGAAGAUUCAAAAGCUGUGGAAUAUGGAGAGUUUUUGCACAUGUCGGAUCGUAAGUUUACUGACUUCUCAGAGAUAAGAAAGGAAAUUGAAGCUGAAACGGCAAGAGUUGCAGGGCAAAACAAGGGAAUAUCGAGGUCUCCAAUUCAUUUGAAAAUAUUUUCGCCAAAUGUGCUUAAUUUAACUUUGGUUGAUCUUCCUGGUCUAACAAAGAUUCCCAUUGGGGAUCAGCCUACAGACAUUGAAAAACAAACCCGAAGUUUAGUUCUUGACUACAUAACAAAGCCGAAUAGUAUUAUUUUAGCUGUAAGCCCUGCAAAUGUUGACCUGGUAAAUUCUGAAAGUCUCAAACUUGCAAAACAAGUUGAUACAGAAGGCAAAAGAACUAUCGGAGUUCUAACUAAAUUAGAUCUUAUGGAUGCUGGUACAAAUGCGUUAGAUGUUCUUACUGGUCGCGUUAUACCUCUCAAGCUGGGCUUUAUUGGGGUUGUAAAUCGUAGUCAACAAGACAUAAUAGGUCAUAAACCUAUGACUGAAGCUUUGAAGGCUGAAAGUGAAUUUUUUAAACGACAUUCAGCAUAUCGAAGCAUCGCUUCGAGAUGUGGGACACCUUUUUUAGCGAAAAUUCUGAAUCAUGUAGGUAUUUGGAUGUUAUUUCAAAAUUGGAUUCUUAUGAAUCAUAUACGGGAAAGAUUACCGGAUAUGAAAGCUAGGAUUAACACUCUCAUCAGUCAAACUACGCAAGAACUCUUGUCUUAUGGAGAUCCUGUACUUGACGAAAAGACUAAUAAAGGAGCACUCGUAUUGAAAUUAAUUACUAAAUUCUCAAAUGAUUUCACUUCAUCGAUUGAUGGUACCGCAUUAGAUGUAUCGACAAAAGAGUUAUGUGGCGGCGCAAGGAUAUAUUAUAUUUUCAAUAAUAUAUUUGGCGCAGCGUUGCAAUCCAUUAGUCCAUGUGGCAAUCUUUCAGUACAAGAUAUUCGAACUGCUAUUCGAAAUUCUACUGGUCCAAGGCCAUCCUUAUUCGUACCGGAAAUUGCAUUUGAUCUUUUGGUUAAACCCCAGAUACUUUUACUCGAACAGCCAAGUUUGAGAUGUGUUGAACUUGUGCAUGAAGAGUUGGCUAAGAUAUGUCAUAGUUGUGGAAAUAAGGAACUUAGCCGUUACCCACGGUUACAUGCCAAACUUAUAGAAGUUGUUUCUGAAUUACUUCGUGAAAGACUCAACCCUACUACGUCUUACGUGGAAAGUUUAAUAAGUAUUCAACGCGCAUAUGUCAACACCAAUCAUCCGGAUUUCAUUGGAGGUGCAGGAGCCAUGUCAGAUCUCGCGAACAUGAGUGGUAAUACUACACAUAUUACUACAUUGAGUGGGCCAGCAAUUUCCAGUAAUGAUAUCCAGGAUGGUUCAUCACUUUCAGAUAAAGAAUCUAGCGGUUCUAAAGAUAUAGGCCUACCGAAUGGCAUCGGCAAUAAUUCCUCACAGCGUGAAUCCUUUUUGACGUAUUUCUUUGGGAGUGGUAAUAAAAGUGAUAGAACGGUAUUACCAGAUCAACCAUUACCUAAUAGAAAUGGUACAUUCGCUAAGACCGGAAUAGACAUGGGUGAAUUGGAAAAAAAAUUAGAUAAUGGUGCGAUUAUCGAUGAUGGCAUUCAUCUGACCGAUCAUGAAGAAAUGGAGAUACAGUUGAUACGAACUCUGAUAUCAUCUUAUUUCAAUAUUGUGCGCAAAACAAUUCAAGACCUUGUACCGAAGGCUAUUAUGCAUCUUUUGGUCAAUAAUUCUCGUGAAUCAGUCCAAAAUCGAUUAGUAUCCGAAUUAUAUAAAGAAGAACUAUUUGUAGAUUUAUUGCAGGAGGAUGAAAAUUUGGCAAGCAAAAGACAAAACUGUAAAACUAUGCUUGAUGUUUAUAGAAAGGCUUUCGACAUUAUGAAUGAGGCUAU